CGGAAGCGGCCCGACCACGUGACGAGCGAGCUCAGAGCUCACGUGACGAGCGAGUCGUGAGGGGUCAAGGGUCGCGUCUGCCGCCGCUGCUGCUACUGCCGAGUGAGACGCCGAGGCCGCGAGGAUGGCGAGCUGCGAGGAGGUGAGCGUGAGCGGCUACGCCGAGUUCACGAGCGCCGUGCGACGGCUGCAGGGCCGCGAAAUCUUCGCGCUCUUCUCGGGCAGCAAAGACGCGGGCGGCGAGAGCUGGUGCCCCGACUGCGUGGCCGCCGAGCCCGUGGUGCGUAGCGCACUGAACACUCUCCCAGAAGGAGCCGUCUUCAUCUACUGCCAAGUGGGCGACCGUGCAUACUGGAAGAAUAAAGACAACGAGUUCCGGAAGCAGCUGCAGUUGACGGCUGUGCCCACACUGCUCAAGUACGGCUCGCCGCAGAAGCUGGUGGAGGAAGAGUGCCUCAAGCCUGAACUGGUGUCCAUGCUGUUCUCCGAGGACUGAGCACUACCAGAAUUUUCACUACAAGAUCACGACUGGUGCCAACACCAUCCAUUCCACAGCAACAUCUGCCAGUUGCUCAACUGUUAGAAUGUCUGAACACUAGAAAUUAAAGUUUGCACUAAGUUUCGUAGUUUGAUCAGUGAGAGGCCUUCACGUACUUUAAUUAGUAAAUGUUGAAUUUGGUGAUGUAAUAUUUCACGGAAUGUCUUGGUUAUGCAUUGCAAAGUUACAUACAAUUAGCGUUGAGUGCUUCACAGAAGCAGCUAUUUUGAUGGGAGUGCGAUACUGGAUAUAUCAUUAAUCGCAUCUGGUCAUGCAAAUCCACGUUUCAAGCAUGACAACCAGACCCUCAGUAAUAUGCUUGUAAAGAUGCAUCGAUUAAAAUUGAUUCUUACCCAUGUA